AUGGAGCACCGUACAGUGACUCCAUUAGGGGUAUUGCUAGUGCUGUUAGCUGUUCUUGCCGGGACGGAGGCACUACGAUGCCGCACUGACGAUGGGCCAAGCACGGAAGAGGUGAGACAGAUCGUCCGAACCUGUCUCAAUAAGAUCUCGAACGCGCAGACCGAGAACCGAAGCAGCGAUGAGUAUCCGGAUUAUGAUUCCUCAUACAAGGACUCCAGCGAGGAGCGCAACGGUGGUGGCAACUCGCCGAAACGUGGCCCAACUAAACCGAACUACGAUGGACGACGGGAAGGUAAUGAUCGUGGUUGGGGGAGCAACAACAGGUGGCCUCAGCCACAGGAUAGCAGAUCGAUGAAUGAUCGCUACAAUGACCAUCGGUACGACCAUCAACAGUACCAGGAUCGUGAUUAUGGACGCAAUCAGGGGAGCCGCCAGCGUCGUCAAUACCCUCAGUAUCCGGGCUACGGUCCAAACCCACCGUUCGAGAGCUCAUCUCCGGGCAACGGUGGUGGUGCUGGUGGUGGUGCUGGUGAAUGGUCACGUGGCAGAGGCAACACCAUGAUGAUUGGACAGCCGAACGGAGGACCUGGGAACGGAUCCCGUAAUGGUACCUCCCUCGAUCGCGACCGUGCCUGUUUGAUGCAAUGUUUCUUCGAGCAACUGAAGGCGACGGACUCGAAUGGACUGCCCGAGCGGCACAAAGUGCUCCACGUGAUUACGCGCGACAUCCGGGAUCGGGAACUGCGUGAUUUCUACGUCGAUUCCAUCCAGGAGUGCUUUCGUAUGCUAGGUUUCGAUCCGCGGCUGAAGGACAAGUGUGACUACGCGAUGCGGCUCGUCACCUGUUUGUCCGAUCGGUUCCAGUCCAACUGUAGUGACUGGGAGAUGGAUUCGACGGCCAUGUUUUAGGUCAUAGCAUAGUUAUUGUCGUUCCAGCACAAUGUUGCACACACCGCCCACCGUUGGUGCUCUCCGUUCGAAGCGUGA